AUGGCCGAAGGAAUCGCCUUUGACAUCGCCGGAUGGCUCAUUUCUGAACUGAGCUCCCCUGUUCUGGAGCAACUUGGCUUGUGGUGGAAUUUCAAAGACGACCUCGACGACCUCAAAAGCACCAUCUCCGCAAUCAAAGCCGUGCUUCUCGACGCGGAAAAGCAGUCCGUGACCAGCGAACUCGUCAAAGAUUGGCUUGCAAAGCUGAAAGAUGCUAUGUAUGACGCGGAAGACUUGCUGGAUGAUGUCCGUACCGAAGCCUUGCGGAAGAAUCUGAUGAGUGGGAACAAGUUCACCAAAGAGGUACGCGUUUGCUUCUCGAGAUCGAACCCCUUUACUUAUGGUCGAAAAAUGGGACGAAAAAUCAAGGCCAUCAAGGCCAGAUUUACUUCCAUUCAAAGUCAGGCCAACAUGUUGAACUUGGUUCAGCGUGACCAUCCUGUGGAAACCUCUUUCAUGGCCAAAAGGAGGCAGACGCACUCUUUUGUGUCGAAAGGUGAAAUCAUAGGGAGGGACAAUGACAAAACAGCUCUUCUAAGACUCUUGUUGGAGUUUCAAAGUGAAGAGAAUGUUUAUGUCAUUCCGAUUGUGGGGAUCGGAGGCUUAGGCAAGACUGCGUUGGCGCAGUUUGUCUAUAACGACGAAAUGGUUGAAAACCACUUCGAGUUAAGGAUGUGGGUCUGUGUUUCUGAUGUUUUUGAAGAGAAAACAAUUGUACAAAACAUCAUUAAAUCUGUAACUGAUCAAGCACCUAGUAAAAAACUCGAAAUGGAUCAACUGCAAAAACAACUUCGGUACAAAAUUGACGGGAAAAAAUAUUUGCUUGUCUUAGAUGACAUUUGGAAUGAGAACUGGAACCUAUGGAUUAGCUUAAAGAAGUUACUGAUGGGUGGAGCCAAAGGGAGUAGGAUAAUCGCAACUACUCGCUCUGAGAAGGUAGCUAAGGUCACUAGUAAUUGUCGGCCACAUGUUCUAAGCGGCUUGUCUGAUGAUGAUGCAUGGUUUUUGUUCAAAAAUAUAGCUUUUGAACAAAGAUUUGCAGAUUCGACAAAUUCAGCCUUUGUGGAGAUAGGAAAGCAGGUUUUGGAAAGGUGUCAUGGAGUUCCUUUAGUCAUAAGGACAAUAGCUAGUACCUUAUCAUUUAAAGAUACUGAAACUGAGUGGCUUUCUUUCAAAGAUAAUGAACUUGCUAGAAUAUCUCAAACGGACGAAAAUAUUUUGCCUACACUUAGGUUGAGUUAUGAUCAUCUCCCAUCUCAUUUGAAGCAUUGCUUUGCUUAUUGCAGACUGUACCCAAAAGAUCAUAGAUUUGAUGUGCAAGCAGUUGUUCGAUUCUGGAUUGCACAAGGGUUUGUAAAACAAUCAAAUCCGAGUGAAUCUCUUGAAGAGAUUGGGUUCGAGUAUUUUAAAUGUCUGGUUGAAAGAAGUUUCUUUCAAGAGGUAGAAGAAGAUGAAUUUUGGAGAGUAACAUGUAAAAUGCAUGAUUUGAUGCAUGAUCUUGCUGAAUCGGUAGCAGGGAAGGAGAGCUGCAUUCUAGAUUCAAGUACAAGUGAGAUUGAUGAGAAAUGUCGUCACGUAUCGAUUGAUUUUUCAUUGAUGCAUUUGCUCAAGGGAAAGAAAUUGCGGAGUUUGUUAAAAUUUUCAAGCAACUUUGAAUAUAUGAAUCAUGCAAAUUGGGAUUUAAUAAUUUCAAAUUGUAGAUGCUUGCGUGUUUUAGAAUGCAAUUAUUUAGGACUUGAUACAGUUCCAGGCUCCAUUCAUAAGCUGAAACAUUUGAGGUACCUUGAUCUUUCUUUCAAUGACCAACUUCAGGUCCUCCCAAAGAGUAUUUGCAAGAUACAAAAUUUGCAAGUGCUGAAACUCGACUACUGCUUUGAGCUUAAAGAAUUGCCAAAGAAGAUUGAAAACUUGGUGAACCUUACCCAUCUUCCGUGUGCUUUUUGUGCCUUAACUCAUAUGCCACGUGGAGUAGGGAAGCUGACUUCGCUUCAGACGUUAAGCAUGUUUGUUGUGGAUAAAGACGGUUCCCAUGGUGCUGCUGCUGCGGAUCUAAGUGAAUUGAGUCAGCUCAACAACCUGAGGGGAAAGCUAAGAAUAAGAAAAUUGGGAUUCGUGAAAAAUGCAAGAGAGAAGUUUAAAGCUGCUAAUUUGAUAGGGAGCAACAUCUACGAGAACUGGUUUUAG